CCCAGGACACCAUCUCUUUAGGCCUUCCUGCAUGCAGCAGCCACCACCCCAUGCACCCACAACAGCUCUUGCUAAUCACUUCUGAUUCCAGUUAUCUCACUUAAAUUCUGGGUUCAUCCUGUAGAACUCAAGGGAUAAGCAUCUGUUAUCCCCUGCAAGCAGGUUCUGACCUUCUUCAGCUAGCCUCAGCCCCACCCCCCACCCCCAGGGCCACAGUCUUCCUGAUGUUUUUCUUGGGAGUUUUAUAGACCUCCCCAGCACGAAAGCUAAACUAUACCACUCAGAAGAAUGGAAGCAGAUGCAUCUGUCGACAUGUUUUCAAAAGUCUUGGAGAACCAGCUGCUGCAGACUACCAAAUUAGUGGAGGAACAUUUGGAUUCUGAAAUUCAGAAACUGGAUCAGAUAGAUGAAGAUGAAUUGGAACGGCUCAAAGAAAAGAGACUUGAGGCCCUAAAGAAAGCUCAACAGCAGAAACAAGAAUGGCUUUCAAAAGGACAUGGAGAAUACAGAGAAAUCCCUAGUGAGAGAGACUUUUUUCAGGAAGUCAAGGAGAGUAAAAAAGUGGUUUGCCAUUUCUACAGAGACUCCACAUUCAGAUGUAAAAUACUAGACAGACAUUUGGUGAUCCUGUCCAAGAAACAUCUUGAGACCAAGUUUUUGAAGCUGAAUGUGGAAAAAGCACCCUUCCUCUGCGAGAGACUGCGUAUCAAAGUCAUCCCCACACUAGCACUUGUAAAAGAUGGGAAAACACAAGAUUAUGUUGUCGGAUUCACCGACCUGGGCAAUACAGAUGACUUCAGCACAGAAACUUUAGAGUGGAGGCUGGGCUGUGCGGACAUCCUCAAUUACAGUGGAAAUUUAAUGGAGCCACCAUUUCAGAGCCAGAAGAAAUUUGGGACAAACUUCACAAAACUGGAAAAGAAAACAAUCCGAGGAAAGAAAUAUGACUCAGACUCUGAUGAUGAUUAGAGCUCAUUUAUAAUUCUUUGUAAAUUGUCCGUUUAUUUCUGUUUACUUCAGACUUAAUGUGUUUUUAAAAUUCUAUGAUUUUAAUACAUUGACCAUCUAAUGUUCAUAUCCUGAAUUUUUAUACAGUUCCACAACACUGGAAGGCAUCUUUACCGUUUUCUGUGUGGCCAUCAGGUUCCAGUUGAGGAAAACUUCCCAAUUCUUAAGUUACCUGGGUAGGGUCUGGAUUCUCUGUUAUUGAGAUUGGUUUUAUCACAGUAUGAUUCUUAUAUCUUUAUACCAUUCACAAUUUUGUUUUUAAUCUACGAGCUAGAAAUAGAAAUUCAACUGACUAUUCCAGGACUAAAUCUUACUCAGUGCAAUUUACGUAACAGGUCCAGUAACAUUUACUGGUGUGGCACACUGCACUUGUAAAUGAACACUAUAAGCACUUCACUUGUGGAAUUUAUUUAAAUAACUAUUAAAGAACUACUUAUUCUGGA